UAAAUAUAAAUUAAAUUAAUAUUAGGAGAGAAGAACAAAGGCGUGUUCCAGAUUUUGAGUAGUCUCUCUAGCCCUGGUCAUUCGCUUGCAACGAAUUCGAGGUGAGAACUUCGCCUCCUUCCCCCCUUUGCGGCAAAAGAAUGUUUGCAUUAGCCACGGUGCGCUCGAGAUUCUGAGAAUUGGGGGAAAGUUCUUCGAGGUCUUGUUGUUGAUGGGCGCCAGCGCGAACGCAGACGGGGCCAAUGGCGGCCCCUUACCUGGAGGCGGCGGCGGCGGCGGUGGAGGUGGUUCGUCAGCUCCCAGAAACCCGAUCGAUGCCACCGCGGCGGCGGCUCAGGCGCUGAAGCAUAACCCGGGGUUGUCGAUUGACUGGUCCGCCGAGGAGCAGGCGACCUUGGAAGAAGGGCUUAGCAAGUAUGCUUCUGAAGCAAUUCUUAUCCGUUAUGCAAAAAUUGCCAUGCAAUUGCAUGACAAGACAGUUCGUGAUGUGGCCAUGCGCUGUAGAUGGAUGACAGUAAGUAUUAAUAAAAAGGAGAACAGCAAGAGGAGAAAAGAAGAGCAUAACCUCGCAAGGAAAAGCAAAGAUAAGAAGGAAAGGGUUUCAGAUACUCCUGCAAAAGCGACAGGCCACCUUGGAACACGUCCUAAUGUUCCUCCAUAUGCACCACCAAUGCUCCCAGUCGAUGACGAUGAUAUUUCAUAUAAAGAUAUUGGCGGUCGAACAGGAGAGCUUCUUGAAAGUAACACAGAGGCCUUCACUAAAAUAUCAACAAACUUUACUAACUUAAAGGUACAAGACAACAUCAACCUGUUUUGCCAGGCACGGGACAACAUACUAGCAGUUUUGAAAGACUUGUCUGAUAUGCCCGAAAUAAUGAAGCAGAUGCCACCAUUGCCAGCGAAGUUGAACGAAGAGCUUGCCAACUCUAUCCUGCCGAGGCCAAACUUGCCUAUGUAGACUCCUUGGAUGAUCAAUCCGUCCUUGCUCUGUCCUAUGAAGCGAAAGACCUACCUGAUCAACAUUGGUAGUUAGUACUAGUGGUAAUCCUAUCUGUCGCCCUGCUCGUUGGACCUUAUAUAAUGUUCAUGUUCUUUGGCCAGCUGAUUAGUACAUAUCGUCUACAGAUAACCUACGCACUGUAUCGAUUCUUGUAAAAUUGGUGAUUAAUUAGAUUCAUGCACAGCCAGUAAGUAGCCUUCACUCCAUGUGUUUGCUCAGACAUUGUAGGCACUUACCAGAACUGUGAACCUAAACGUUGAAAAGUACCUUUAAUUUAUACUGCACAGUCAAUGCUCUGACAUUGUAGGCACUGACAGAUUAGCGAACUUUAACGUUGAAAAGUUCCUCAAAUAAUAAUGUCUUUAUAUUUUAUUGUCA